CUGACCUAAUUUUUGCAGCGCUUACGUGUUUCUUUUUUUAACCUCGGUGAUUUCCAAACGGAUCGGUUGGUCUAUUCAUUGGAAUUACCACUUUUAGUGUCAAGGCAAUGUAAUUAAUGCAAAAAGAGUACCACAAGGAAUCCAACAAACAGAAAAUUGAUGAAGAAGAAACUGCUGACGAUACCUUACAAAAAGGUCUUAAUCUAGAGGAAGAAGGUCUAACUAGAGCCGUACAAGAAAGCGAAAAGCAGCAGUCCAUCUUACCUUUGGUUAAACAGGAACUCAGUCUUAAGAUCCGCUACAAGCGACUGUCUGAAGGAAAAGAGGAAUUUGUUUAUGAAGAACCCAAACAGCAUCAUUUCGAGCUCACUGAGUACGAGAAGCAAAAAAUCGAGGAGCGAAGACGACAGAACAGACAGUCAGCACAACGUUCCAGGAAAAGGUCCGAGGAUUACGAAGAGAAACUAAAACAGAAGAUCAACAUUCUCUCAAAGGAAAAUAUUAAAUUGUCAAAGGAGAGGGAACAACUGAGAAAAACUAAGGAAAAACUGCUGCUAGAAUUUCGGAAAGUUGGUUGCUUUCCUUCGGUAAGGGUUUGUUCUUGUGGAAUCAAGUUAAAGGCAAGUAAAAAGGUAUCAGCAACUGAAACACAGUCUUCUUCAAAAUGACACUCAUCUUCUCUCCACAACAUCGCCGGAAAUUUAUUAUGAACAAGCAACUGCAGUGGAAAAAUGGGAAGGCAUCAACGAUAACUGUGAAGCAGCUUCCUCCAGUUCCUUUGAAUGCAAUUACCGUAUCAAUGUUGACGUUGACACAUUACACAGUUUUCGAGUGUAUCGAUACAAUAUCUGCAUAUGCUAUGUGCAGUGUCGCGUUGUAUAACCUGGUUACCAGACCUCGCAUCUCGUUUUCUUCAAGCUUGCGUCCCGCACAUAACAUGUUUCUGUGCAUGUUUUUUUUUUGCAUUCUGCAAGAUUUAUAGAAAACUUUUACAUCAUGUGUUUGAAUUUACUUAAAUAUGCGAAACUCUUUACAAUUAAUUGGGCAAUUUGCAAUUAUAUAUGUGUAGAAAUGACGUGUUCGAACAUUUCAUCCGGUUUUCUUGCUGUCUAUUUCCUACAAGUUCAUGUUUAUAAUGCUUUGAACAUUUAAGGAAAUACUUUGUCAUGCAUUAUUUGUGUGAAAAAUGUGUAAUUAGAUCUACUAAUUCCUGUAAUCUUACUUUGAAGAGCGUGCAUAUAAGAUUUUUUGUGGAAUUAAUAACAGACAUUGCUAUUUUGAA